AUGAUCGAACAGAGUGGAAGUAGAUCUUUAAAAAAAAAAAGAAAUGUAAAAUUAAGCCUUAAUAGUACUAGUUCUCCCCUUGUUUCUCAGCAAUCGCUAAAUGGAUCGCAAGAAGAUGGACUUACUCAAAGCUUGAACGAUCUAGAAAUCGGUUUAGAAUUCAGACUGGAUUUAAAAGCAGAAGAUUUGCUGCCAUUGAGAGAAGUUGGUGCAGGCAAUGGAGGCACGGUAACGCAAGUCAUGCACGUUACCACUAAGACUGUGAUGGCUAAGAAGAUUAUUCACAUUGAUGUUAACCCGGCCGUUCGCAAACAAAUUCAACGAGAACUCCAAGUUCUUCAUGAUUGUAAUUCAAGAUACAUUGUUUCAUUUUAUGGUGCAUUCCCGAGUGAUGCGGGUAUUUCGAUGUGUAUGGAGUUCAUGGAUGUUGGUUCACUUGAUAAUAUUUAUAAGAAAAAUGGGCCCAUCCCUCUGGAUAUAAUUGGCAAGAUUACAAUAGCGGUUUUAGAAGGUCUUAACUAUCUGUAUGAAAGUCAUCGAAUUAUUCACAGAGAUGUGAAACCAUCAAAUAUUCUUGUCAAUUCAAAAGGACAAAUCAAAAUAUGUGAUUUUGGAGUGUCUGGUCAGCUUAUUAAUUCAAUCGCAGAUACUUUUGUGGGAACGUCAAAUUACAUGUCUCCUGAACGUAUCCAAGGAGCCACAUACAGCGUACGAUCGGAUGUUUGGUCAGUCGGUAUUACUUUGAUGGAGUUGGCGAUGGGUCGGUUUCCAUUUCCUCCAGAUGGUAGUCAGCUUACUGUUUUGGAGCUUUUACAACACAUUGUACACGAACCAGCACCCAAAUUACCGCCAGGUCAAUUCCCUGAGGACUUUUCUGAUUUCAUUAAUCAGUGUUUGUUGAAAGAUGUAAAAAUUCGGCCAGCACCCAAUGAUCUAUUGAAAUAUCCAUAUGUUAAAGCUUCGGCUGAGGCCAAUGUAGAUGUUGAAGCUUGGGCGAAAA